GCCGUUUGUACCGCCGAUUCUCGUCCGUUGGUGGUCGUUAAGUUUUUUGUUUUCGUUUAUUGUUGUUGUUGUUGCCCAGCAGUUUUAUUGCUUUUGUUGUUAUAAUAUAGUAGCUGUUGAUUUGAUUUCUAGUCCACAUCUAAAUGCAGUGAUCAACAGUGCGCCAGUGAGAACACACUAAGAACCAUUUAAAAUUAAACUCCCGCACACCCCACCACCCCCGCGAUACAUAUUUAAAACAAGUUUUGAGCUUGCGCCGGAGUUCAAAACAAAAACAAACCAACCUCACACAUACACACAUCCGAGUGGAGAAUAUGGAGGCGCUAGGCGAUAUAUUGGCACCCUACAGCGAUACGAUUGCCAAGGUUGCCGGCACCAUAACGUGCCUGCAAUUCUUAUCCGGCGUCGUCUUGAUGAAUGACAUCAGAAAGAAGGGAAGCAGCGACAUAUAUCCAGUGGGUCCAUUCCUGGGCGGUAUUGUACUCACCGUGCUGAGCUUAAAGGUCGGCCAGCUGAUGGGAGAUCAGGCGAUGAUCAAAGUGAAUAUCAUUGGAUUCGCCAUCAAUGUUGUCUUCAUGGUCGGUUUCUAUUACUACGCCUCGAACGAGAAUAAGACUAAAAUUUGGGCCAAGAUCGGUUACGUCUCGCUCUUCCUGAUGGCCUGCAUAGCGUACUCGAACUACGAGGAUCCCAAAAAGGUGGAAUUCCGUUUGGGAAUGCUAAUUACUGGCAUUCUCGUGUGGCUCGUUGGCUCUCCGCUGCUGCAUCUGGGCAAGAUCAUUGAGGCGAAGAGUACCGAAGGCAUGCCAUUCCCGAUUAUUUUGUCGGGUAACCUUGUCGCAGCAUCCUGGAUGAUCUACGGCCUGUCCAUACGCAACACUGUGGUCGUGUUCCAGAACUUAUUCCUUCUGAUUUUGGGCGGCAUUCAACUGUCGUUGUUCGCCAUCUAUCCGAACACGCCUGCCAAAAAGCCGGCCGCCAAGAAGCCAGUCAGUAAGAAGAACGACUAAGGAAGGGAAACAAGCAGAACAAAAUUAUAGAAAAAAAAUCAACACUGAGAUCGCUUUAUUUCGAGGAUUGAGAAGAGGCAUUUUUUUCUAGAGAAAACGCGCUUUUUCAGUUCUUCAGCGAGCAGUACCAGAGUGCCCCGCCCAGUUGGCGCCCGCUAGCUAUAAAUUUUAUUACAAUUAAUAUAAUAACAACUAAUAUAUAUAUUGUGCUACUAUUUGCAAUUUUGACAAUAAUUCAAAUCUUCCAGAUAUUUACAUUUCACAAAAUAAAAACGAACGAAUCUGAUCUGA